GGCCCGAGAUCGGCUCGCGGCGCCCCGGCCCGCCUCGGUCGCCCCUCCGGGCCCCAGCGCCCGGUGCUCCGCCUCCCAAGGCCGGCGGCCGCCAUGGCGGGCAGGCAGAUCCGGGCGCUGGCGGGUCCCGCGCUCCGGGGGCGACCUCCCGCCGCCCCGCCGCCAGCACCUCCCCGGGUCCCCGGUGGGUUCCGACAGCAGCUCAGCUUAACCCUCGGCCCGGCUCACGAGGGGAACGGCGGCGGCUCCGCGCCCGACAGGCAGGGCAGGCCGGACGCCGCGGCGAGGCCUUCGGGGAGCGAAGAGUUAACCGCGGCGGAGCGGCGAAUCGCGGAGCUGCACGCGGCCGCCUGCGCGGCUGGCCAGCUAAACUAUGUGGAUCCAGCUACUGGCUAUUUGGUGCUUACACAGAUUGCCCACUUGCAAAGAGGUGAAUGUUGUGGCUCUGCCUGCAGACAUUGUCCAUAUGGUCAAGUCAAUGUUAAAGACCCAUCUAAAAAGAAGCAGUUCAAUUCAUAUUUUUAUAUUUGACAACAAUUUCAUCUCUGUUCUCUAAAUGUACUUGUAUUCUGUUAUAAAAAAAAAUAAAGCCCUGGUUCAGAAUUGCUAUGUUAUUAGUACUUGAACAAUGGUAUAUUCCUGAUUACAUUUAUUAAAAGAACAUCAAUAAAAUGAAAAAGCUAA